CUGUGGGAGAAAAUAGAGUUGGUGCAAGUUUUCUUUCAGGUUGCACUCCACCAUUCCCCUUCCACUAAACCUAACCGAAUGGUGGGGACCGACGGGUUUGAUCAUCAGCCGCUGGAGUCUCCACGGGUGUAACACAGGUGUAACCGGUUGACCCGGACGAGUCGGAUAGACAAGACAUUAUUCAUCGAUCGUCGAUCGUCGAUCGCUGCGCUCUGUGCCUCCGCAUCUGCCCGUCGCCUGUCUGUACUCGAGCGGUGAAGCCGAACUCAGCCGAACUCAGCUCAGCUCGACUCAGCCCCUCCGGAGAAAUGACAACUACGGUGAAACUGAACACCGGCGCGCAGGUGCCCAUCGUCGGACUCGGGACGUGGAAGUCCGCUCCCGGUCAGGUCGCAGAAGCGGUGAAAGUAGCCAUCUCGGCCGGCUACAGGCACAUCGACGGGGCGUACGUCUACCACAACGAGGCCGAGGUGGGGGAGGGCGUCCGGGCCAUGAUCGAGGACGGCGUGGUGAAGAGGGAGGAUCUUUUCAUCGUCAGCAAGCUGUGGUGCACUUUGCAUAAGAAGUCCAUGGUGAGGCAAGCCUGCGAGAAGACGCUCAGCGAUCUUAAACUGGACUACGUGGACCUCUAUCUGGUGCACUGGCCCAUGGGCCUCAAGCCCGGCAGUGACGACCUUCCUUUGGACAGCACGGGACAAGUGAUUGGUGAUGGCACUCACUUCCUGGAGACUUGGGAGGGCAUGGAAGAGCUGGUCGACGCUGGAUUGGUCAAAGCUAUCGGUGUCUCCAACUUCAACAAAGAGCAGAUUGAAGCCGUCCUCAACAAGCCAGGCCUCAAAUACAAGCCUGCCAACAACCAGGUGGAGUGCCACCCGUACCUGACCCAGGAGAAGCUGAUCAACUACUGCCACUCUCAGGGCAUCUCCGUGACGGCCUACAGCCCCCUGGGCUCUCCUGACAGACCCUGGGCGGUAUCAGAAGACCCGUCACUUCUGGAGAGUCCCGAGAUUAAGGCCAUUGCGGAAAAGCACAAGAAGUCUACUGCUCAGGUCCUGAUCCGCUUCCACGUCCAGAGGAACGUGAUCGCAAUCCCCAAGUCCGUCACGCCUCGGCGCAUUCAGGAGAACUUCCAAGUGUUCGACUUUGAACUAAGCGAGGAGGAAAUGAAAACUGUGUCUGGAUUCAACAGGAACUGGAGAGCCUGUCCCAUGAAGUGGGGCACGACGCACAAGGACUAUCCAUUCCAUGCUGAGUUCUGAAAAGAAACACGCUGGUCUUCCACAGGGUUGCAGUGACAGCUGGGGUUUGCUUCUCUACCUUCCUUAUUGGUUCUUUACAGCAGUUUGCACUUAGUCAGUGUGGCCGUACAGUUUUAAACACUCCAAAGGCAUAUUAAUGCAUGUCAUGAGUUUACAUGGUCAUUUUUCUUCUUCUAUGUUACCGUUUAAGUCUUUGUCUUCAGUUGGUCAUUAUUACAGUUACUGGAAAAACCCAAUUUGCGUGCCAUGCACAGUACAGGCUCAACGCGAGUACGUUCUGAGUACAGAAGGAGAAAUGUACAAAGAAUAAGUUGUUACAUGUAAAAGGAAAAAAAAACACUACCUUUAUUAAAUUCUCAUGUUCUAAACUAAAAGAUUAAAUUAGUAUUUAAGUCAACUUUUUUUUGUAACAACUGUACGAACCCGAGGAUGUGUUAUCUAAUGUCUUCUUUUUUUAUUUGAUCUAUCUUUACCACUUGGGCUGAGGUAUCAGAGCCUUAGGACUGCAAAACAUGUGUCUCUUGAAAUUAAGUCCCUAUUUGCCCGGAUGAUGAAUUAGUUCUCCCUAUUAUCAGAGUCAUAAGUUAAGUGGCAAACUGUUAUCAUGUGUGUCCAUGAUUACCCCCCAAAUCAGCUGUUUUUUGCAAAAUAUUACAAUAAAGUCCUGUGGGAGAAAAUAGA